CACUACCUUGAGGCUGCGGCGCGGAAACUACAAGAUAGCUGCCCGGGCCAGGCCCGCUAUCUCCUCUGGGCCUACAGUUCGUCACACGGGCUCCCCAAGAGUGUGAGUUCUAUAAAGAUAGCAACUCCUUUACUUCCAUAUUUAUGUCUCCACAGCCUAGCAUGGUAGACGAUGAUAAAAGCACUUUUGAAGGAACAUGUCCAUACUGUUUCCAGUUGCUGGUUCAGGAUAAGUCUCGAGUACGUCUCAAACCCAAACCCAGACUGACACCCAAAAUACAGAAACUUCUUAAUCGAGAAGCAAGAAAUUAUACACUCAGUUUUAAAGAAGCAAAAAUUUUGAAAAAGUACAAAGACUCCAAAAGUGUAUUGUUGAUUACUUGUAAAACAUGCAACAGAGCAGUUAAACAUCAUGGUAAAAGUAGAAGCUUUCUAUCAACAUUGAAGAGCAAUCCUACCACUCCUGCGAGUAAACUCGGCCUAAAGACCCCAGAGAGAAAGACUCUAAGUUCUGCAAAGCUAAAUCAUAUGUCUGGUUCCAAAGCCAAGAGCCCAGCAUUGAUUUUCAGAACAGCUACAUCUGGACAGUCAACACCCAUUUGCUCCUCAAAGAAUGUGAGCAAAACAAAGAAACACUUCUCUCAACUAAAAAUGUUGCUUAGUCAGAGUGAAUCUGAAAAGAAUCCAAAGGUGGACUUCAGAAAUUUCUUAUCUUCUUUGUAAAGGAUGGACUAUGAAAAUAAGAAAUGUUUAAUGUAAUUUCUGAAACUAAAGUUAGAAAACCUGCUUUUUAAAGAACUUAUUUAUUCUUAAAAUACAUGGAAACUAGGAUUCAAGAGCAAACUUUUCUUGGCAUUCUUCAGUGUUUAUGGAGAAAAUACCUCGUUAGAAUGAAAAACUGAAACUUGCCUACCUCACCAGGUGAUUGUGAGGAUCAAAAAUAUAUGAAAGGUCCUUGUAAGUAGUAAAGAUAUACAUGGAAUUGAGUGGUUAUAUUAUUAUUUUCUCCUCCCUUAAGUUUUCAUUAUUUAUGUCAUUUUCUUUCAUAAGGAAAUUGAGACGUUUAUGAGAGGUGUGCUUACUCCUUUCUAGGUGUCUGUAACCUUAUUGAUAAUUCAGAAAAAGUAUAAAGUAUAAUAUUUCA